CACCCGGCGCGUGCAGGAUCCUAGCUCGGUCGACUCCUUCGACCACCACCACCUCCUCCUCCUCGUCGUCACUAUGGCGGACGACGAGGUUCUCUUCGACGAUGUUUACGAGCUCUGCGAGAUUAUCGGCAAGGGACCAUUCAGCGUCGUUCGGAAAUGCAUUCAUCGUCAUACCAUGCAGACUUUCGCCGUAAAAAUCGUCGAUGUGGCGAAGUUCACCUCCAGUCCUGGACUCAGCACUGCGGAUCUGAAACGGGAAGCUACAAUAUGCCAUAUGUUGAAACAUCCGCACAUUGUGGAACUGCUGGAGACCUACAGUUCCGAGGGCAUGUUAUACAUGGUGUUCGAAUAUAUGGAUGGCUCCGAUUUAUGCUUCGAGGUAGUGAGACGAGCAACUGCUGGAUUUGUGUACAGCGAAGCGGUUGCUAGUCACUACAUGCGACAGAUCCUCGAGGCGUUGCGUUACUGCCACGAGAACGACAUUAUUCAUCGUGACCUGAAGCCGCAGUGCGCUCUUCUGGCUGGCAAGGAGAAUUCCGCUCCCGUGAAGCUGCGCGGUUUCGGCGUCGCUGUGCAACUGCCGACCUCGCAGUCCAAUGGCGUUGGCCUGAUCUCCCCGAGCUGCAAUUUCCCUUUCGAGGACCUGACUGACGCCGAGGAUUCGCUAGUGAGCGACACGGAGGACAAUAUCGGUCGUGUCGGAUGUCCGCACUUCAUGGCGCCGGAAGUGAUCCAGCGGCGACAAUACGGGAAACCCGGUGACGUCUGGUCAGCCGGAGUGCUGCUCCAUGUUCUGCUAACCGGCACGCUUCCGUUCGUCGGGUCCCGCGACAGAUUGCGGGAGGCGAUCUGCCGAGGGCGGGUUCAGAUGGAGACGCCGCUCUGGGACCCGAUUAGCGAGCCGGCGAAGGAUCUCAUACAGAGGAUGCUGACGACCGACGUGAAUCACAGGAUCACCAUCCAGGAGGUUCUUAACCACAAGUGGCUUAGAGAUCGUGAUAAGGGUGCAGCACGUAUACACUUAGCCGAGACUAUAGAGGAGCUUAAGAAGUUCAAUGCGAGGCGAAAAUUGAAGGAUGCUGUAAAAGCAGCUGUCUCCUCGUCCAAGUGGCAUGCACCGUAUUCAGAAGCUAAUGGCGACAAUUUCUCCGACGUCGGCGACGACGAGGUGACAACUACAGGCGCAGUAGCAGAAGUCGUGGAUUCCCUGGACGAUAUCCAGAUUCUUGAAGAGAGCGAUAGACUUUUGCGGCCGGAAGUUCUCAAUGCCGUCGAUGAUCAUCGACUUCGAGCUGUCUUAGAGCUCUAUGACAGAAUCUCAAGUCGCGUGCCAACACCGCACCGCGCACCGCAAACAGAUGCGGCCCAACGUGCUCGCGAGGUCGAGGAGAUUCUGCGGGAAGCGGAGCACUCGGCCGUGCGAAAUAUCGAUAGGGCUGAUCUGCGGGAACUUCACGAGUUGUUGGUCCAGCCGCAUAUGAGGGCGCUCCUGCAAGCGCACGAUGUCGCCGGCCACGAGGUCUACGGCGAGGAAGCCACCAGAGUAACGCCACCACCGCUUCUCACAUACUUGAAUGGUGGCGAUGAUCUCGAAGGGCAAAACGGCGAUCUAGACGAGAAAAUUACUCGCGUCAGGCUGGUGCAGUUCCAGAAGAACACGGAUGAGCCGAUGGGAAUCACGCUGAAAAUGAACGAAGACGGGCAGUGCUUCGUUGCGCGGAUUAUGCAUGGUGGGAUGAUCCAUAGACAAGCCACUCUUCACGUUGGCGACGAGAUCAGGGAAAUCAACGGCAUACCAGUUCAGAAUCAAUCCGUUAAUGCUUUGCAAAAGAUUCUGCGGGAGGCACGUGGAUCGGUGACAUUCAAGAUCGUGCCGUCGUACAGGAGCGCGCCACCCCCCUGCGAGGUACAAUUGUUCAGGAUUAAGCCUCUGCCAGUGUUAAUUUUCGUUCGUGCGCAAUUCGACUACGAUCCACUGGAGGACGAACUGAUACCGUGCGCGCAGGCUGGGAUCUCUUUCAAGACCGGCGAUAUCCUGCAGAUCAUCAGCAAGGACGAUCAUCAUUGGUGGCAAGCGCGGAAGGACAACGCGGCUGGCUCCGCGGGUCUCAUACCUUCGCCCGAGCUUCAAGAGUGGCGCAUUGCCUGCCUGUCUAUGGAGAAGAACAAGCAAGAACAAGACGCUGAAGGAGAAGGUGGAUGCUCUUCUCACACCGAAGGCUGCGACGGCUCGACAGUAAAUUGCUCAAUAUUCGGCCGGAAAAAGAAGCAAUACAAGGAUAAAUAUCUCGCAAAGCACAACGCCGUUUUCGACCAGCUGGACCUGGUGACCUACGAAGAGGUCGUGAAGCUUCCUUAUCCUGCCUUCCAACGGAAAACCUUAGUAUUAUUGGGAGCACAUGGCGUCGGUCGACGACAUAUAAAGAAUACAAUUAUCUCCAAACAUCCCGAUAAAUACGCCUAUCCUAUUCCGCAUACAACGAGGCCUCCACGAAGCGACGAAGAAAAUGGUCGUAAUUACUAUUUCGUAUCGCACGAUGAGAUGAUGGCAGACAUAGCUGCUAAUGAAUAUCUCGAAUACGGUACACACGAAGAUGCUAUGUACGGAACUAAGCUCGAAACUAUUCGCAAAAUUCACGAAGAAGGCAGAAUGGCAAUAUUGGAUGUUGAGCCGCAGGCAUUGAAAGUUUUACGGACUGCUGAAUUUGCACCUUACGUCGUAUUCAUCGCCGCACCAGCGUUUGCAAAUGUUACGGACUUCGACGGUAGUCUGGAACGACUGGCGAAGGAAUCGGACAUGUUGAAGCAGGCGUACGGUCACUUUUUCGACCUGACCAUCGUGAACAACGACCUCGACGAGACGAUCGCCCAGCUGGAGGGUGCCAUCGAGCGCGUGCACACAACGCCCCAGUGGGUGCCCGUCUCCUGGGUCUACUGACAGCGGACCUCGCCGAUACGUCAGAUCGUCACCGCGGACUGCAACGGCUCGUCGCGGAUGAAGCAGUGAUCGUUAGCGCCAUCGGAACGAUCAUCGAGCCGCGAUCGAUCUCCGUGGAACGAGGAUCCGACACGGCAAACGGUCGCUCGCCGUCGAUCGGCCCGACACUGAAACGAAAGAGAUCGAUCGGAGUGCGCGACUCGCGUACGACGGCCGUGUGUUCAAUGAGGCUCUUUCUGAUCGCUCCGUGCGAUUUCUCGUCAUUAGGUCCGGUCGCGGGGACAGACAGAGGGGAGAGACCAGAGCGACGCGUCGGAGUCGCCUCCCGACGUCGACGGGUCGAGAAUUGCUCAGGCGUCGCGUCGACCGUCGCGACGUCGGGAAUCCGUCUCCCGGAGAUCGGAACGCGUCGUCAUCGAGUGCGACGAAAUCGGUGACGACGACGAGCAUCACGACGCGUCCGGAAACGGAUGCUCUCUCGCGGACCACCAAUUCCUUCCGCAUCUCCUUCCGCAUCUCUGUUCCUUUUCUUCCUUUCCUCUUCCUCCUGCCCUUUCGAGGACACGCCGAUCAGCUGGAACUCCCUUUCGAACGAGAGCACUAAACGCUAAAGAUGUGUCUUUCUUUCUCUCCGCUCGCAUUUCUUGAUUCCAUAUUUCCGGUUCCAGUCCUGGUCCUGGCACGGGAUCCGCACUGAGUCUCUCGCAAUCCUCCAGGAUGAUCGUUUGCGGCACGAAGUGAUACGGUCGACCGCGAUGAUGCACCAAAUGCACCAAAGAAUCUCCUUAGAAGCGCGCAAGAACGCGAAGGCCGAGCAAGAAACGUCACGUUCGCGCUUCUAAACGCAUCACGAACGUCAAAACAAUAAACCGUGCGGCCGCUUCGUACCCUUCCUUUCUCCUUCCCUCUUUCCCUUUCUUCCUUCCUCCUUUCGUACCUUCGCGGAAUCUAUCGGUCGACUCUGUAAAACUGUAAUUGCCUCCUCUAUUGUAACUUUAUUGUAACUCUAUUUAAACGAGAGAAGAGAAGAAAAAAAUAAGAAGCUAGAGAUCGUGCGGCACGGCAGUGCCCGUAAAUCUGCAACACACACCACACACACGGGGCGUAAGCGAGAGACGUGGGUCCCAUCUGCGGGAUGAUCCGAGGCCCGAAGAAGACGGAGGAAAAGAACACCACACGGGAGAACGCGCGAGGGAAAAACGCGCGAAAAACUGGUGUGCUGCCGGCCGUCCGUCGUUUAACUGUAACUUUAAGCAGUAGGGAAUUUCGCCGGUUUCGUCUUAGUACUUCUACUAAUAUCUAACGAGUGUUCAUCUAACAUCGUCGUGGCAAUCCUACCGCGACGAGUCUACGCGUAUGCGCGAGCGCUUCUUUCGUUCGGCUGCUUUUCGUAUCUCCCCUUGUUAUCUCCUGAUCGUUCUUCGUUUCCUCUCCUCCCUUAUCUUCUCUCACCCUCCUUCUAUCUCUCUUGCUCUUCCUUCGAUCCAUCCAGCUUCUCUCAUCUUUUUUACUUCGAUACUUUCGACAAUCGAGACCGCCGUCAGACAGCGGGACGAUUCACUCGCUUGGCCGUGCACUCGCCCACCCCAUCGUUCUUCGUACUAUCGUCGCUCGCGAAACACUCACUCGUGAGAUCCGGCGAGCGCUCACCGGAAUGCAUCACCGAUCUCGAUGCGAUCCUGUUCUGUCUAAUCUUGUCCUACACGCGGAAACGUCCCGGAAAGAUCCAAGAAUCCUGCGCAUCUCGGACGAAUGCACGGACGGCGGAUAUCGAUCCAGCAGCGGGAAUUUUACGCUCAUUCAGGAAGCACCUAUGUACGCGAUUUAGUUGGUACACACGAAUACACACGCACGACACACUUGUACAAGCAGACACACGCAUACACACGUCAGAGUUACAAUAUACUAUAAACCUCACUCUCUCGGUUCACAUUACUACACCCUCGUACAAAAGCGCAUAAUCGAAUGACGAAGCAACAAAGGAGGAAACACGCGCGCGCGCGCGCGCGGUUUACUAUAAGAUAUUUAUAAAACGUAAAUUUCAGAUAAAUAGAUAGUCUACCAGCUAUAUGAAAUAAUAAUGAGGACAUGUCUCGCGCGCAGAAAAAGACACAUACACAUACACGUACACAUAUAUACGCAUACACCCAUUGAACACAGGUUGCACACCGCGCGCACAUACACACCAGCCACGUAUCUUCAUUUACACAUCGUACACACACACACACGCGCACGCACAUAGAAACGCGACGCGCGAGCGCAGGUUUACAAGAUACAAGAUUUAACGACUAGUAAUUAAUUUACGAGCGAUUAAAGAAGAAAAAAAAGAAUUAAAUGUAUGACUAAUUAAUAACUAAAGAAUCAUUAGAGAGACUAAUAGGUGAUUUGCAUAACGCAUAUGCCCGUAGAACGAAGGAGUGAAUGCGAAUGUAUGCGUGCGGGCGUGGUGUGUGACGGACGUUGUGCCCGGACCCGGACGACGACGUCGCGAUCAACGGCAAUCGCGUCGAUCGGAUCCGCGGUUUUCUGGCCCGUUCGGGCUUUCACGUCGACGUGUCGUCUCCCUCAGACCGCCCCGACAAUCUCUCAGGAACGUGACGCAGAGAAUGGACGACGGAACAAAAUGGAGACAUUUCAAUUCUACUUCCGCUUUCCUCGUCCAUCCGCCGUAACGUGCUCGCAAAACGAACGCGCGUCUUGGUCCCCCUCGCGCGUUGGCGUUCCUCGUACCCCGACAGGACCAUCGACGAGACCACCGUUGACCGCGCGAGGAUCGUCUCGCGUUUCGAAACGAUGCAGGAACUAUGCGAGGGGGAUGUCGGGAUGUCGCGCGGGGGUUGAUUCUCGCUGCAACCGCGAAUCCAGAGAAACGCUCGCUCGCGCGAACGGAAGAGGGCGCGAAAGGGAGAAAAGGCUCGCCCGCCGGUGCGACAGCGUGACGUGUGCGUGAAAGUAUAUACUUGCGAGAGAGCGCGAUAAGAAUGCGUCACACACGAGAGUGAUUUUGUAAUAUUUCUUAUAAGUUGUAGCUGCCAUAUCUCCAGAGGUAAUUAAGUACUAGGCGCGUUGAGUGAUAAUCUGACGACGAUUGUUACGUUAGUGAUAACGAUGCCGAGAUGGUAUGACGAGGAUGAGGAUGACAAUGAUGCCGACGAUAACGACGACGAUGAUGAUGAUAAUGAUGAUGAUAAUGACGUUUACGGUGAUCGUGAUGACCCUUACGUGCCGCCACACGCGUGCGGCGUCGAUCGAUCUGGAUGAGCUAAGGCAUUGGGAGAGCGACGACGGGUCUAAAGAAAACAAUAACAAGUUCAUUACGAUUAUGUAAUUAUAAAUAAGAGGAAAAGACGAAGAGUAUUAUAACACGUUGUUAAAAAAAAUUGAAUUAAUAAAAUUAGCCCCAAAGUAA